AUGAAAUUUGCCGACAACGGCAACGGUGGCCACCGGUCCCACCAAUCGGAACUGAUCAAAAAGCUGAAGAAACAGAUUGUGCCCAAAGAGAAGAAUAAUAAGCCCAUCAGUGGUGUAGAGUUGGCGGCGCUGUUGGAGAUACUGGUGAACGCGGCAAACGACGGCUCUCUGGCAGACGUCCCCAACAGAUGGGAUGCGUUCGUCAUUCGACUCCAACAGACGGCUAUUGAAGACUGUCUGAAGUUCUAUGAGGCAGACAUGAGUGUACUGAUUGUGGACGAGUACGACAACAGUGCCAUCAAUUUGAACCGAUUCGACGAGUGGCACAACCAGUCUCUGCUGAGAUCGGUGGAGCUAUUGACACAACUUUUGCACGGAUUGGAUGAGACACUGACCAAAGGCUUACACGAAUUGGAGCACAAAAUCAAUGUUCAAUUCGACAGAAAUAGAGACAUCAAUGAGAAGAAGAUUAAACUCAAGUGUUCGCAGACUUUACAUGAAUUAGAGAUCAAAUCAGAACAGAGUAUUCGUGCCAUUGCUCUACCAAUUCAUACGACAGAACUGCUGGGACGGGCCAAAGAGGUCCUCAAAUCCAUGAAAACCGAAUAUAUUAACCAAAUAAGCGAUUUAGUGGACAAACCAACGAUUGAUCAAUAUUUGGAUAGUCUCUCAAAAGCCAUUAAAAAUCAGGUUUCGAGCGUUCAGUUGGAGAAUAAUAACGCUAUCGAAGCCUACUUUGAUCACAGAAUACAAGAAUCGGUCGAAAAGUUCCAAUCGGUGACUAUCUCUAACUACAGUCGAACCAAACCACGAAAGCCCAGUCUCUUGAAACGCAUUCUCGAAGAGGGGAACAUACAGGCGCUCGACUUAUUCAACAAUAACUGCAAUAAGUAUACCACAGAAUCGAGUUAUGAGUCAAAGUUAGCCGUUUUGAAGGUUAAGCUCAACGAACAGAUCAUUGAAUUGGAGAAACAAAACGAGAAAACCGCCGAAACUUAUACUCAGAGUGAGUCCAACCGUUUGCUCGAUGAGUUCAAGACGCGAACCGGUGCCUCAUUCAUACCGAUGCCCUCAAACACUACAGAAUUAGAGUCGCGAUUGAAAUUAGAGUUUUCAAAAUCUAUAAGAGAUUAUUCGGAUCUGUUGUCGGACUUUAAAGUCUAUCAAUCGUAUGAACAACUCUUUCAGACAUUUAAACAAUAUAUAGAAGAAGUUUGCGAACAAAGGAGAGCAGAAAAUGUGAAGGCAUUCACUCGCGAAGUUGAGAUACCAUUGCGAACGUCCAAAAAGAUCAUCAUCUUAUCGCACGACAGAUAUUCAACAAUACAUUCCGUGUGUUUACUACAUUUAGACGAAGGAAAGCCUAAGUAUUGGUCAAUGAAAUUAAAGUCUGAAAUCAUUGAUCAGUUCAUCACAGAUGACCAACAGUUACUUAAAUUGAUUGACUCCAAAGGUGGCCUCUGGUCAGCAGUUGUAGGCUUUUUUCAAUGGGUUUUAUGGCUCUUAAAUAUAGGCUAA